ACAUACAAAAUACGCCUCUCCGUCUCUUUCUCUCUCCCUCUCUCUCCAACCUCUCACUCGUGGCGGGCUGGAGGCCGCCGCACCCCAGGUCCCCAGCAAUGGUCCCCUCGCGAUCGUCGCAGUCGCCGCCCCCACAGGCGUGCUCCGCCGGUGAAGUCGCGCACAUAGCCCUGUUCCUGGAUACUGACCUCGGCACCCACCUCGCCCUGAAUGUUUCCCCGGGCUCCACCAUCCGCGGCCUCAAGGCGGAGGUAGCCAUGGAGCACGCCGCCGCCUUCCCCGACCUCGGCCCCGUGGCCGUCAAGUCCUUCGAGGUGCUACGAAAGGGUGCUAGGUAUCACCUCUCUGAUUCCAUGGCAGUGAGGAGUGCGUUCGCUAAAGUCAAGGCUGGGUGCUUUCUGCAUGUCAAGAUGGCAGCAGUGGAGAGAGACACACACUACUGCAGAGAUGGGGAUAGAGGGAAAUCAAGCGAAGGCUGUCUUGGAGUUGAUGUGAACAAACGUGUUAUGGAGUUGCCUUCAACUAAACCAGAAAUUGCAAAUGAAGUGCUUUCUCAAGGGCUGGAAGGUGGUGAAAAUGCUGCAGUGUUGUCUAAUGUUCAUGCACAUGCAGUGCCAAAUGAUGUGCAUCUAUCAUCCUCAUCUCAGCAGAAUACUGAAAGAGAGAAUAACACGACAUUAAGCAUGGCAAGUGAUGUACGUGCAAUUUCUGUUCCUAUUGACAAACCAAAGAACUACAAGCAAGGAAAAAAACUUGGGGAUCAAACUGAAGUGGUUUAUGUUAAUUCCACAUCUGUGGCAAACGUAAAAGAUGAUUCAAUCCAGCUUGAAAAUCCAAUCAUUGCUGGAAAGAAUAAGAAAAGGAAAAAGCGUCACUCAGUCGCCUCCAAAGAUGUUUCUUCUCAAGAAGUGACAAAACCAACAAGUGGAGCAGUGAAGGUUCCAGAAGCCAUAGAUGAAGGUCUGCCACAUGAAAAUGAAGGGCUAAAAGGUGAUGUGACUAAACAUGUUCAGUUGCUGAGUGAUGCUCAGGGGACUAGUGAUCUAGUUGCUGAGCAGGGUAAUAUUGAUCUUGUACAUGAAGGCUAUAAAAAUCCGAUCAUUGGAGACACAUGUAAUUCCAUGUGCAAAGUUGUAGCCGGUGAAGAAAAAUCUGCAGAAGGUACCAAUGAUGGAAAUCAUGAUGAAGGUGCAGCUGACGAAAUCAACAAGGAGAAAGGCAGCAAAAGCAAGAACUUGUUGGAGACAAUAUUUACAGCCAGAAAUAUUUCUCAAGAGAAGAGCUGCAAGGAAUCAAAGAGGGUUAGUCCUAUUGGCAUAGCUUCCAUCGAUACUGCUGAACAAAAAGAUCAGUGUGGGUAUGGUGACAAAGCACCUAAACCAGAUAUAGUUUCUACUCAAGGGGAGAUUGUGAAUGUCCCUUAUGAGCUGCAGAUUGCCAGCAAUGUGCAGCAAGGGGAUUGUAAUGUAAUAGUAGAAAAACCAAAUGGUGAUGGGAAGCAAAAGAAGAAGCGAAGGCGGCGCUCGGAGUCUUCAAAGGAUGAUCCUACUCAAGAUAGGACAAAAUCAUCUGAACUCGUUGCAAAUGCAAGCUCAGUUGAAGACACUAGUGCCCACCCCCUAGAUGCAAAGCAAAUAAGCCUAGGCACUGUAGGAGAAGCAACGGUUGUUGAAAAUGAUCAGUGCGGACAUAAGAAGGCAGACAAAAUGGUUAUAGUUUCUGCACAGGGGGAGAGUGUAAAUGACCCAAACAGUGUGCAGCAAGGGGGUUCUAAUGAAGUAGAGAAUUCAAAUAGUGAUGGGAAGCAAAAGAAGAAGAGAAGACGGCGCUCAGCGUCUUCAAAGGAUGAUCCUAGUCAAGAUAUGGCACAAAUAGGAGUAGCCACUAUAGGAGAAGCAGCAGUUGAUGAAAAUGAUCAGUGCGUACAUGAGAAGCCAGCCGAACUGGUUAUAGUUUCUGCCCAGGGAGAGAGUGUAAAUGACCCAAACAAUGUGCGACAAGAGGGUUCUAAUUCAGUAGAGAAUCCACUUGGUGAAGGGAAGCAAAAGAAGAAGAGAAGGCGGCGCUCGGAGUCUUCAAAGGAUGAUCCUACUCAAGAUAUGACAAAAUCAUCUGAAUUCGUUACAAAUGCAAGCUCAACAGAAAACACUAGUGCCCAUUCUCUAGAUGCAAAGCAAAAAAGACUAGGCACUAUAGGAGAAGCAACAGUUGAUGAAAAUGAUCAGGGUGAGAAGGCAGCUGAUGUUAUAGUUUCUACUCAGGGGGAGAGUGUAAAUGACCCAAACAGCGUGCAGCAAGGGGAUUCUAAUAUAAUAGCGGAUCCAAUUGUUGAUGGGAAGCGAAAGAAGAAGAGAAGACACCGCUUGGAGUCUUCAAAGGAUGAUCCUACUCAAGAUGUCACAAAAUCAUCUGGAUUCAUUACACUCGGAAGCUCAAUCCAAAACACAAGCGCUGAUCCCCUGAAUGCAAAGCAAACAGCACCAGACACUACAGGAGAAGCAACAGUUAGUGACCAGGGGAAGCUUGAUGAAACCCUGUGUGUAGCAACAGCAAAUGUGAUUAAUGAGGUAUUGGCAGAUUUAAGAUGCAGAGACAGCUUAGAGAAGGGUUUGAAUGGAGAUCUGUUAACGGAACAAACUAAAGGUGGUUUUAGCGCAUCAAAACCUCCGAAAUAUCCACCAACUAUUCAGUCUGAUGCUCCCAUCAGCUCACCUAGUCAUAAGUCUGAAAGAAAACAAUUGAAAGUAUUGUCAACUGUACUUGACUCGUCCCAUUCUUCUGCUGGUGUGCCUGAAGAAAAUGGUAACACAGGUUUAAGAGAAUCUGAUUCUUUGAGGUGUUUGGACAAAAUCAGUGAUCUUAAGGAUGAUUUGACUGAGACUAUGGUAGUGCCAGCUGAUGGCAGAAUCAAUUCCACCAAGCGCCAGGGAAAUCAGAUUUCCUUAAAGCAUGUUCCUACAGACAGUGGUAAAGCUAUUCAAUCAUUGGGUGAGCAAGUCAGACAGGUUGCUGCGGAGGACUUGAUAGGAGAAUAUGCUACCAAAGCAGAAUUGUUACAAGGGAGUUCUGUAAUUGAAACUCCUGCAAAUGCUGGCAAAAAAUUACAGCGCAAAAGCAAAAAAUCUUCGAAGACUCAGACUCCGAAAAUACAGGAAAUUAAUCAUUCCGCACAUGUACAAGACGAACAGUUCACUAAGGAUAGCCAAGAAAAAAAUGUAACUGACAUUGGUGGGACCCAUGACAAUGAGCAGAAAGUAGGAUCUCCAACAGGAUCACCUGUAAUUUAUAAAGAUGGCACACUUGUCACAUAUGACAAGCCUAAUGCUAGAAAGGGAAGGAAGAAAUCUUCCAAGACUGCACUUUCUAAUCAGGAUACUGAUUUUGACCAUGGUUCUGAUGCAGAUAUCAUCAACUUCAGGACUCAACUGGCAGCAGAUAUUCCUGCUGAUGCUGUCGAACCAAAUGAUUCUGUAGCAGUUCAUCCUGUUAAUGACAAAAUUAAUUUCAUUCACCAUUUUAGCCCCAGAGUGAUGGAUGUCCCGUCUGAUUCUGCAGAAAACAAUGAAGAUGGAACUAUAAGGGAAGUUAAGGAAAAAAAGAAAAGACAAGGAAAACUAGAUGUGCAGUCUCAGCGUGCUGGUAGUAUUGAGUCAAAUGGUCUGCUAAAAUAUCAUCUUCCUACAGAUAAAACUGGAUUAACUGAUCAUUUUGGUUCUGGCAAUGAGGGUGUGCCGUCUUUUUCAGCAGAAAACGUUAACAGAGAAGAUGAUAAUGUGAAGAAAGCCAAGGAGAAAAGGAACAGCAAAAGAAAAUCGGAUUUGAUCAAACCAGAGUCCCAAGGUCCUAAUGGUGAUCAUCAAAACAGUGAUAACUGUACAGAAAAUUUGCUGCAUUCUGUUGAAAAGAAGCCCCAGCAAAGCAUGUUUGAUGCUGGUAGUCAGACUAAUUUGCCUAUCGAUAAGGAUCAUGCAUGUGUGAGCGAAGAACCAAGGAACUCCACCUCUCAGAAAAAGCACCAUUCUAAGAGUAGAAAACAUGAGAUUAGUUUACCCAUCAAUGGAAGGACUGAUCUACAUCGUAAGGUGGUGAGUGACCUUGUGAAGAGCUUUUCCAUGAGCCCGCCAGCAUCAAGUCAAAGCACUGAUGACACACCACAAAAUGCUAACCGAUAUAGAGUAGCAGUUCGGAAAGUUCCUAUCAAAAUGUAUGAACAGGUCAGUGACAAAUCCAAAAAAGAUACUGGUGAGAGAGGCACUGAUGCAAUUUUCAGUGACACCAUAAGUGAAGGCUCAGAUGAUGUAUUGAACACCAUUAGCGAAAAAGCUGCAAUGGAGAACUCAUCAGAUGAUGCAUCCACAGCCGCUGACUCAGGUAUUUCAUCUGCAGACCGAGAUGGAAGUGAUGUACCUGAUGAUGAUGACAUUGUAUCUUUAUCACAGAAGAGUCUCAAAGAAGGGUUGCACAUUGGCUCUAUCCUCCGAGGCUCCACAAGCUAUAAGAAAACGAAACGGAAACAAGCAGAGCUGUUGGAUGACAGCGAGGUGCCUGACAGCCAACCACCAGAGUGUCUUUGAGGCUGAAGGAAUGCUCUGAUGCUUGGUCGACGCAAACUUCACGCAAGCCUAGUCUCUGCAUUUUGGAUUUGUAGCCGAACGAAUCUGGUUAUCAUGGUAAAAGUGAAGUGCACCUUUCCAGCUGUAUUAUUUGCCCAUCUGUGAGAGUUUUUGGUUGGUGACAAGCCCCCAGGAUUCAUGGACAGUCAUUCUUUGUACCCUUGCUAUUUUUGGUAUUUGGUUUUGUUUUGCUGCCUGAGGUAAAGUCAGUAACCAGUUACCACUUGGCACAUCUUCGGCAGUGAUCUAUGUUCACACUCUCCCUUGUUUCCUAAAUUUAAGAUGUUUACGUUUGGUUCCA